AUGAGAUGUAUGAAGUUUUUGAAUCAGAAUCAGAAUCAUGAUGGAAAUGGUCAAAGAUUAAAAGAUCAAGAAUGGGCUUCUGAUUCGAAUGUCUUGAUGGUUUAUCAUGCUUAUUUGGAUGGGAUUGGGAUUGGGAUUAAGUGGGUUUUGAAUAGGAUUAAAGUUUGGCUUGAAGAUGAAAAGAUCAUUAAUGUGAUCUUUCCUAGUUUUCAAGAUCAAUUAGGAUUAGAGUAUCAAAAGUUUUUUAAUUUUUGCAAGUUUGAGUUUUAUGAAUUGAUUAAAGAAGAAAAGAUUAAAACGUUUGAAAACUUUAAAAUCGAUUUACAAAACUUAAUUUAUGAUGAUUGA